AUUAUUUAUUAUAAAGUAAUGAUUUGUUCUAGUACUACGUACGUAUGUUUGUAGAUAUUGUAUUGGACUUCCUUAGCACUUGUUUUAAGAAACACGGCUAACCUGACAUUUACUUAUCAUUUGACUCUGAAGAUGACUACUGCUAAGGUUGUCGAAACGUCUGGUCACACUAAAGGUGUUUCUGCAAUAAGAUUCUUUCCGAAAUCUGCUCAUCUUCUUCUGUCGUGUAGCAUGGAUUGUAAAAUUAAGAAACUGCAAGAUGAUAUUCAUGUAAGCGCCAACGGCUCUGUUUUUGUAAAAUCUAACAUAAGACGAGGAAUUUUACCCAGAAUGUUAGAGGAGAUAGUAGACACACGUAUUAUGGUAAAGAAAGCUAUGAAAGAUUUUAAAGAUGAUAAAACUCUUCUUCAACUUCUUGAUGCUCGAAAACUUGCUUUAAAGUUGAUUGCAAAUGUCACUUAUGGUUACACAUCAGCAAACUUCUCAGGGCAAAUGUCUUGUGUUGAGAUUGCUGACGCCAUUGUUCGUAAAGCACGCGAGAGCCUGGAACGAGCUAUCAAUCUCGUGAACACAAGGGAUGAGUGGGGUGGUCGCGUGGUAUAUGGGGACACCGAUAGUCUUUUCGUAUUAGUAAAAUGUGCCAGUAAAGAGGAAGCGUUUAAGAUUGGAAAAGAAAUUGUUGAUGCUGUUACUGCAGAGAAUCCUAAACCUGUGAAACUAAAGUUUGAAAAGGUAUAUAUGCCUUGUGUUCUUCAAACAAAGAAACGUUACGUUGGUUAUAUGUACGAAACAUUAGAACAGAAAGAUCCAGUGUUUGAUGCGAAAGGACUAGAGACUGUACGGCGAGAUACAUGUCCAGCGGUCGCUAAGAUUUUAGAGAAGUCUUUAAGGAUUUUAUUUGAAUAAAGAGACGUGAGUCUUGUAAAGAAGUUUGUCCAGCGGCAGUUCGUUAAAAUGAUGAAAGAUAGAGUAUCGAUUCAGGAUUUCAUCUUUGCUAAGGAAUAUCGUGGUAUGAAAAGAUAUAAACCAAAAGCAUGUGUUCCAGCUUUGGAAAUUGCAGGACGUCAUUUGUCACGUGAUCGUUGCGCGGAACCUCGCACGUGAACAUUUUUCAUUUAAUGCGAUCGAGAAACAUAGAACAAAUGUUUGUGGUUUCAAUUCACCAUGAUGGAGGACUUAUAUAAAUAAAGAAAUUGAUUAUUGACCACGAUGAAAACGUAUUUGGCUUUUGUUCACCAUUCCCUUGAGGCUGAGCUAUUUACAAAUUGAUAUUCUACUUCGUCAGAACUGCUUUAUAACUGAGGAAAUAUUAAGAUGAUCACGAUUCUUGUCUCGACAAUUGAUCAAAAGACAAGUCACUUUUAACCAACGAUUUAUGAAGAUGAAUAAAAUUACGCCAUUAUCAAUUUCGACAUUUUUUAAUGUGAAAAUCUUGUGGAAUAAAAACAUGGAAUUUAUCUUUAUCAAAAAAAAAAAUUAUAUAAAUCCUAAUUUUCUUACUGCAGUCAAUAUUUUCAAUUUCAUGCCGUGUGCGACAUGCACAGUUGUAAGAAAUGGCCAUCGCCGACAUGGAACUGGGGUGUUUGUCAGAUAGCCUGAAAAUUUGCUAGAUACGAUGGUUAGUUAAUAUCGUCCAUUCUUUUUCUUCCGAAACAAGCUUAACUGCUUUCAGUUUGUUGGUCCAAAUGUCUGAAAUCAAAUGUAAAAAAAAGCAAUUUAUCUUUUUGUGAAACGACAAUCUUUGCACAUUAUAAUGUUUUUGUCUGA